CCCCUCUUCACUCCACUGUCGCCACGGCGUCUUGUUAUAGACAAACCAUCAAGUUGGCGGGCCUCUACCUUCACAAGUUCUCCUCGAUCCGUCCCCUUCUCGGCCCAAAGGCGUGGGUCUACGGAGGCGACUACCAGAAGCCCCCAUAACUGGGCUUUAACGGCAUUCAACAACACUCGCUACUGUAAUUGUCUUUUCACAAAAACCCUUCCUAUUCCCGUAUUGGGUGUGGAAGUCUGGCUACCGGACACUUCUUCCCAACGGCGGAGUGUAGGGGAGGACCCUACGCGAAGCCUAUCGUCAAGUUGAGCGCGCCUUAGAGGUGGGCGCUCACAAGCGACUCACCCGGACCCGUGGCCCUUGCGCUGCAAGAGGUCGCUCCACAAACCAAGAAGCUGGCUUAAUCAAGGAACAAGAAAAGAACGGAGUCCCACUCAUCGCCACCUGAGUCGACAAAAUGACUGACACUCCGCGAUCCGAGAAGUCCCAGACGAGGUUCAGCACCCCGGUGUCUGACCUCGAUGACCACCGCCACCAGCCUGCGUCCCUCCCACGAGUAGACCAUGGCUCCCCUGUUCGAUCUCGUCGACCCACCUUUGCGAGCAUCCAAGAACGCCCACAACCACAUCUCCUUCACCAGGUCAACGAAGCACUCGAGGGAAUCACUCGCCGCGACUUCGAGAGCGCUGUGGUGGAUGAUGACCAGCUCCUGUCCCCCGAGGCCUACGCCCGACGUCCCUCGUUGGCCCACAGUCCACAUGCUCGUCGAGACACCUUCAGGCGCCCCCGCGAUCCGGCAGUCGAACGCCUGUCUAAAAGCAGAGCUUCAUCCACCAGUUCACGGUCGGUCUCUCCUCCCAAUUCAGUUGACGCCUUUGCUGGCCCCAGGCGCCGUGAUCGAGCAAACACCCUACAGAGUCAACCAGGCUCGGAACUCAACCUGAGUCUGCAUAGGACGCAUUCUCGAGCUACUGCACGGCGCCCGACUAUCAGCGACGAGCGACCCGAAGAGCUGCAUAACAUCGAGGUUGCAUCCGCACACAGUUCUGCGGAAGAGGAUGUAUGCUUCCCUGUGUCUGAGGACCCUGGAAAGACCACCAGGUUCGACUACGAGGAACUCGAGGAAUUCGUUGCAGAGGCCCAAGCAAAGACCCCAAUCGGUCAGCCUCUGCGCCACAAGACCAGUGUAGCUUCACAUCUUUCUACAAAGCCCAAGGUCUUCGCAGACCUUCGCCCAAAGUCGAGCAAUUCGACCACGCCCAAGAUGGAGGCUGACAUAACAAAGGAAGAUGUUGAUCCAGCCAUCCAGGAAAAGCUCGCGGAGGAAGGGCUGGCGCAUAUGUUCAGUGACAGCAAGACGGUAGCGGAUGUCCAGUUGAAUCGAUGGACGUUUUUCUCGUCCGAGCUGGACGAUACGAUCCACGCUGCGGAGCUCGGUGGUCUUCUGAUGCCCGGUGAACGCUUCCGCGACCUUUUUGAGACCCCACCAGAUGGUGGCGUCUGGUGGCUGGACAUGGUUAACCCUACCGAAGAGGAGGUAUUCGCCAUCUCAAAGGCCUUUGGUGUGCAUCCCCUUACACGGGAGGAUAUCUGCAUUCAGGAGCCGCGCGAGAAGGUGGAGCUCUUCCAUCAGUAUUAUUUCGUAUCGUUCCGUUCCUUUUACCAGGCCGACAAGGAUUCCGAGGAUUAUCUGGAGCCUGUCAACUUUUAUGCGGUCGUGUUCAAGGAGGGCCUCCUUACCUUCACUUUCUGCGAGAGUCCACACACGCUCAACGUUCGCAAGCGCAUCAGCCGUCUCCGCGACUAUAUCAAUCUCAACGCCGACUGGAUCUGUUACGCCCUCAUCGACGACAUUGUCGACAGCUUCGCGCCUGUCAUCCGCGGUAUCGAAGACGAAGCCGAAGCGAUUGAAGACCAAGUCUUCACCGCACGUAUCGAAGACUCGCGCGCCAUCCUGCGCGCCAUUGGCGAGUGUCGUAAGCGCGUCAUGCAAUUGCUGCGGCUCCUCGGUGGCAAAGCCGACGUUAUCAAGGGCUUUGCCAAGCGUUGCAAUGAAUCUUACAGCGUUGCACCGCGGGGCGAUGUAGGCUUGUAUCUUAGCGAUAUCCAGGAUCACGUCGUUACCAUGAUGUCCAACUUGGCCCAUUUCGAGAAGAUGUUGAGCCGAGCCCAUUCCAACUAUCUUGCGCAGAUUUCGGUCGACCAGGUCAUCCAGGGGAACUCGAGCAACGACACGCUUCAGAAGGUCACUGUCAUUGCCACCAUUCUCGUUCCACUGAACUUGAUUUGUGGUUUGUUCGGCAUGAACGUGCGCGUUCCAGGCCAGGAUGGCAGUCUUGCGUGGUUCUUUGGUAUCCUGGGGACCAUCUGCCUCUUCGUUGCAUGCUGCUUGGGCAUUGCGAGGAAGAUGCGUUUCAUUUGACUCGUUGGACUUUUCGUUUGCUGAUCUGCUGUCUUUAUAGAUUCUAUUUCUUUUAUUUGUUUACCAUGUUUCAAUUUUGGUCAGAGUUGUUUUAGAGGAAGCGUCGAGUUACUGGGAGCGUUUUCCCUAGAUGUUGGUAUCUGUACAUGCAGCAAGGCGAAGGAGGACUACUGUCCUACUUGCACAUAAUUUUGUUUAUCGGUAUAUGAUGAUAGAAGAAAAGUUGUUGUUAUUCUAGACGUUUGCUACAUGUUUCCAAUUAGUAAAGCGCCAACUCAUGGUCCUUGAAACUUUAAUUAUGUUACAUCACGACGUUGAGCAUCAUCGCCACUGUGCCCUUUACAAACUCUGUCAUUUUGAAGAUUAAAGUUCGCCAUUCUCGUCUAG